UGGGUUUCACACACUGGACCUGAGCAGUGGACACAGCAACCGGACAGCUCCAAGUCACAAUGGACGCUGAAGGCCUGGCACUCCUACUGCCCCCGACCACUCUGGGAGCCCUGGUGGACAGCUGGCUUCGGGAGGACUGCCCAGGCCUCAACUAUGCAGCCUGGGUCGCUGGAGCAGCCCCCUCGAAGGCUGUGCUGUGGGCCAAAUCCCCUGGGGUACUUGCGGGGCGCCCUUUCUUUGAUGCCAUCUUUGCCCAACUCAACUGCCAGGUAUCCUGGUUCUUCCCUGAGGGAUCGAAGCUGGUGCCAGUGGCCAAGGUGGCUGAAGUCCAGGGCCCUGCCCACUGCCUCCUGCUGGGGGAACGGGUGGCCCUUAACAUGUUGGCCCGCUGCAGUGGUGUGGCCAGUGCUGCUGCAGCUGCUGUGGAGGCUGCCAGGGGGACCGGCUGGACUGGGCAUGUGGCUGGCACGAGGAAGACUACACCAGGCUUCCGGCUGGUGGAGAAGUAUGGGCUCCUCGUGGGUGGGGCCUCCACACACCGCUAUGACCUGGGAGGGCUGGUGAUGGUGAAGGACAACCACAUUAUGGCAGCUGGUGAUGUGGAAAAGGCUGUUCGGGGUGCCCGGCAGGCGGCUGACUUCUCGCUGAAGGUGGAGGUGGAGUGCAGCAGCCUGCAGGAAGCGGUGCAGGCAGCCGAGGCUGGGGCCGACCUCAUCAUGCUGGACAACUUUGGGCCAGAGGAGCUGCAUGUCACGGCUGCUGCGCUGAAGGCCCAGUUUCCAUGUGUGGCUGUGGAAGCCAGCGGAGGCAUCACCCUGGGCAGCCUCCCUCAGUUCUGUGGGCCCCACAUCGAUGUCAUCUCUUUGGGCAUGCUGACUCAGGCUGCCCCGGCCCUCGAUUUCUCCCUUAAGCUGUUUGGGGAAGUGUCCCAUUCACCACCCUCUCAAAUCCACUGAUCUUAAAGCCAAAGAGGAUGAUGGGUUAAACGUGGCUUGCUGGGACCCUGGAGGUUACACCCUUUAGGGUCAGUGGCUAGCAGGGCACACUUGGUGUUAGCCUGGGCUCAACUCCAGCUCUGCCACCUACCGCUUGUGUGACCUAGCAGGGUUGACUUCACCUCUGCUCACCUCAGUUUCCUAAUCUGCAAAUUGGGUCUAAAAAUGAUUAACUUCAUGAGACUUGGGGGGUGAUAAUUAACACAUAGUAAGUGAUCAGCAAAUGCUAAAAAUUAUCAUAGUUCACGUAUUCUAAGAUGCAAUUUUUUUCACGUGUUACCUUCGUAGAAGUCAGUGUGCCUGCUUAAUCACGGUGUCGCACAAUCACCGUCAGCCAGGUUCUGUCCUCAGGAAGUCUUUGUGGCCUGUUCAUGCAUCUCAUGUAUACAAAUGGUUCAACUUACGGUUUUUUGACUUUACCCUGGUGCAAAAACAAUACAUAUUCAGUAGAAACCUCACUUCAAGGACCCAC